AUCAUUCGUGAACUGUUCUUGCAAAACUAGAAAUGGGAAACAAGGUAGCCACGUUUACUGAGGAACAAUUAGAGGAUUAUCAAGAUUGUACUUUUUUCACGCGUAAAGAAAUCUUAAGAAUAUUUAAGCGUUUUCGCGAGAUGGGAAAUCCUGGGAUCAUUCCACGGACCAUGACACCUCAACAAGCAUCGAGUCUUCGUAUACCGCUCUCGUGUUUGACGCGUAUACCAGAGUUGAAGGAAAAUCCGUUCAGGCAACGUAUAUCGGAGGUGUUCACCAAACGUCAGAAUUCGGAACAGUCGUCAGCUGCUGACAUCGAAGGUAUCUGCUUCGAGGAGUUCCUCGAGAUGAUGUCGGUUUUUUCGGAGCAGGCGCCGCGGGACUUGAAGGUCUUUUACGCCUUCAAGAUUUACGAUUUCGACGAGGACGGAGUACUAGGGCCGAGUGAUUUGGAGCGCACCUGCAGACAGCUGGUCCAAGGUGGUUUGAAUGCCGACGAGGUGGCCACUGUAUACCGGAAAGUACUCGAGGAAAGCGAUAUCGACGGCGACAGUGUUCUGUCGUAUUUGGAAUUCGAACACGUCGUCACGAGAGCUUCAGACUUCAUGGCAACCUUUCACAUAAGAAUUUAA